GUUCACUCUUACGCUCCCCGCAUUCACCGCGCAAGACUUCAAUCAUGUCUCUCCAGGUCGACCUCACGGCCCCAAACGGGCGCAAGAUCACGCUGCCCACCGGCCUGUUCAUCAACAACGAGUUUGUCGCGUCAAGCUCAGGGAAGAAGAUCACCACCAUCAACCCCAGCGAUGAAACCGAAAUCACCCAAGUCGAAGCUGCCUCCGCCGCCGAUGUCGAUACUGCAGUCAAGGCCGCCCGCGCCGCAUUCAACUCUCCCGCGUGGGCUGAAAUUUCAAACACCGAACGCGGCGCGCUCAUGUUCAAGUUCGCCGACCUCAUCGAGCAGAACAAGGAGACCCUCGCCACUCUGGAGACUUGGGACAACGGAAAGCCGUAUGCGGUUGCUCUGGAAGAGGAUCUUGGCGAGGUCCUCAUGACUCUCCGAUACUACGCCGGAUGGGCCGACAAGAUCCACGGCCAGACCAUCCCCACCACCCCUCAAAAGUUCGCCUACACUCUCAAGCAGCCCCUGGGUGUGUGCGGUCAGAUUAUCCCCUGGAACUAUCCCCUUGCCAUGGCCGCGUGGAAGCUGGGUCCCGCGCUGGCUUGCGGCAACACGGUUGUGAUGAAGCCUGCCGAGCAGACGCCGCUCUCGAUCCUGUUCCUCGCCACACUCAUCCCCAAGGCGGGCUUCCCUCCGGGCGUCAUCAACAUCGUCAACGGCUUUGGAAGGGAGGCUGGCGAGGCCCUCGUUUCCCACACCGACGUCGAUAAGAUUGCCUUUACUGGAUCUACCAUUACCGGCCGAGCAGUCAUGAAGUCAGCCAGCAUCAACCUCAAGAACAUUACCCUCGAGACCGGCGGCAAGUCGCCCCUGUUGGUAUUCAAGGAUGCAGACCUCGACCAAGCCGCCAAAUGGGGCCAUGUCGGCAUUAUGAGCAACCAGGGCCAGAUUUGCACCGCCACCUCCCGCAUCUUGGUCCAGCAGGAAGUGUUUGACGAGUACGUGACUCGCUUCCAGAAGAUCGUCUCUGAGCACAAGGUCGGAAACCCCUUUGACGAGGAUACUUUCCAAGGACCCCAGGUUACCAAGGCUCAGUAUGAGAGAAUCUUGAGCUACAUUGACGCUGGAAAGAGUGAGGGCGCCAAGCUCGUCACUGGCGGAGUCGCCCAUAAGAACGUCGGCGGCAAGGGCUUCUAUGUCGAGCCCACUGUCUUCUCAGAUGUCAAGGAGGACAUGAAGAUCUUCCAAGAAGAGGUCUUUGGACCUUUUGUCUCCAUCACUCCCUUCACAACAGAGGCAGAGGCCAUCCGACUUGCCAACAGCACCUCAUACGGUCUCGGCUCUGCAGUCUUUACUCGGGACAUUGAGCGGGCGCACCGCGUCGCUGGUAGACUAGAGGCCGGCAUGGUUUGGAUUAACAGCUCUAACGACUCUGACGUAAGGGUUCCGUUUGGUGGAGUUAAGCAGAGUGGUAUUGGCAGGGAGCUUGGAGAGGCUGGUCUUGCGGCUUACACCCAGACCAAGGCUGUUCACGUCAACAUGGGGCUUAUGUUGUGAUUAAGAUUAAACAAGGGUCACCCAAAUAUGAAUCAAAUUGUCGUCAAUUUCCAUGGCAUUCAGAAUAU